GAGCUGUCUGCGGGAGGAUGGAGGAGUGGGGCAUUGUCGUUGAGGGCGACUGGGCCCCGGAGCAGAACAGAACCGCGAAGAACAAACUGCUAAAACAUUUCCUGAGCGAAAAGAAGUCCGGCGGAGGAGAGUGCCGCGUGGAGACCGUGGACGGGGUCGCGAGGGCUGCUGUCCUCUUCAAGUCACGACAAGUGAGAGACCGAGUUCUAUCCAAACCCAUCCAUGAAAUCACAGUGGACGACAGGAGUGUUAAACUGCGGCUCAGUGAGGACUCUCCGGUUUGA